AUGGCGUCUCCCGCGCAGAAGCGCGCCAACGUCGUAGUAUCCAGGCUCAUUCCACCUGUGCUACUCGGCGCAGUGAUAUACGCUUCCUACGCAGUCACGAAACCGUUAUGCAUUGACUAUCUAAUCCACCCGUUAUCCUCCUAUAACAAAACCCCCCGAGUUGGCGCUGGCGCCGCGAUCAUCGCGAUCUAUUACGUCCUUCUAUUUCCCAUGGUCGUUUCAUACACGCAUCUUUAUUAUCAAGUCCUGUGGAAUCCCGGAUACCUUCCCCUCGGUGAACAAAAAGUGGCGGAUGAUGAGAAUGCAAAGCAAUCGAAGCGCCGUCGUGGGAAGAAAAGCACGUGCAAAUCCGACCCCGAGAAGACAGACCAGGCGGACACAGAUGUGGAGAGAGGCUCAGUCUCAACUGCUGUAGACACGGCAGUCCAAUUAGGUAUUGGGUUGGAGAGCUUCUAUACAAAAGAUGUUUUUGUCUGCCAGGCAGACGGCCGGCCCCCAUGGUGCACUACCUGCAGUCAGUACAAGACAGACAGGGCGCACCACUGCUGCGAGCUGGGUCGGGUUGGAGGUGUGGUGUCCGAGACAUCGUUCAAAUUCUUCAUUCAAUUUGUUGCUUAUACCAGCAUAUUCUGUGCCUUUGUACUCAUCGUGUGUGCUUAUUUCACAGCGGAGAUUCGACGCCAGACCGGAGGAGUAAACCCCCAUUGGUGUGUCUGCAUUGGACUGAGCAGUUUUUUCGCAUUUUUUGCCGCCGGAAUGACCCUGAGCUCAGUCCAAAUGGCCAUCUUCAAUAUCACAACGAUCGAAAACCUAAACCGACGCACCGCCGUCUGGACCCUCGCCAUCCGUGUCCCAGAACACCUCCUCGAGAGACUCUGGGUAGUAGAGUCCCCUUGGGCCCCGACAUUCCGCAUGGUCUCCUACCCACUACCAGCACCGACGUCUUCAACCAAACCGCAAACAACAAACCUUUCCCCAGACGAAGACCGGCACGUCUUUGCUAUCAUCCAAACUCUGCCGGGCGAGAAUCCCUUCGAUCUAGGCAGCCCAUUGAAAAAUCUCCAGCAGGUCAUGGGAUACAAUGUAUUUGAUUGGCUACUGCCGAUCAAGAAGAGCCCAUGCGCCGACCACAACAGCAUGGAAAGUCAUUUUGCCCUGGGACCCGUGGUGACCCGCUUGCGGCUGGAGGCUGGACUGAUUCCGCCGCUCGAGAAUGGGGCUGCUGUUCCGCAGUCUUCACAUUCGGGGCGCAGCCACCGGGAAAAAUCUCCUAGCUAUGAAUAG